CCAACAGGACAGGCCCUUUCUCCACCUGGCUGCCCCAGACGCUCAGAGAGGCCACAUGGCAGGUUCCCUCCUCACGCCCCUGCUGAUCCUACUGUUGUCCUUAGCCCUGGGAUCUGCAGACAGAGAAGGUGAGGCCCAGGAUACCGGGGAAAGGAUAAUUAAUGGAGUUCCAUGUCCAAAGGGCUCCCGUCCCUGGCAGGUGGCCCUGUCCAGGGGCAGUCAUUUCCACUGUGGAGGCGUGCUGGUCACCGAGACGUGGGUACUCACCGCUGCCCACUGCAAGAUGAAUGAGUACAACGUGCACAUGGGCAGUGAUCGGCUGAGCGAUAGGAGAGCCCAGAAGAUCAGGGCCACAAGGUCAUUCGUGCACCCCAACUACUCCUCGCAGGCCCAAGUUAAUGACAUCAUGCUUGUGAAGCUAAGUCGCCCGGCCAGGCUGUCAUCAAACGUGAGGAAAGUCAACCUGCCGUCCCGCUGUGAACCCCCUGGGACCACAUGUACUGUUUCUGGCUGGGGCACCACCACCAGCCCUGACGUGACCCUUCCAUCUCAGCUCAUGUGCACGGAUGUCAACCUCAUCUCCUUCCAAGACUGCAGGGAAGUUUACAAGGAUCAGCUGAAAAAGUCCAUGCUGUGUGCUGGCCUCCCAAACUCCAACAGUGAUUCCUGCAAAGGUGACUCAGGGGGACCACUGACGUGCAACGGCACCCUGCAAGGCCUGGUGUCCUGGGGAACUUUCCCUUGUGGCCAACCCAACGACCCAGGUGUCUAUACCCAGGUCUGCACUUUUGUCGACUGGAUAAAGGAGACUAUGAGAAACCAUCGCUAA